AUGGAAGCUAAUUUCGAACAAGCUGUCAAGAAGCUCAUCAAUGACUUUGAAUGUCCCACCGAAUCUUUAAAAGAGGCUAUGAAGGAGUUCGAUGAGCUUCGCAAAAAGGGCCUUUCCAACGAUGGCGAAAUGCUCGCAAUGGCUCCUGCCUACAUUAGCAGUCUCCCUACUGGUCAGGAACAAGGUGAUUUUUUAGCCCUUGAUUUGGGCGGUACCAACUUACGUGUCUGUUGGGUUCGUCUUCUUGGCCAAGGCAAGUACGACAUCAAGCAAUCAAAGGCUACUUUGCCCAGAGAAUGUAUUCGUAACGAGUCUUCUCAACCUUUGGUUGACUUUGCUUGCGACCAUAUUGAGAAUUUCUUAAAGGAAAACUUCUCCAGUAAGUUUGGUUGCCCCGAAAGUGAGUUUCUUCCUAUGGGUUUCACAUUUUCCUACCCCAUGAACCAGACCUCCAUCGUCGACACUACUCUUAUCCGCUGGACCAAAGGCUUCAACAUCCCUGAAGCCAUUGGUCAAGACUUUGGUACUACUUUGACUGAGGGAAUGAGAAUCCGCAAACUUCCUGUUGUCAUCGAGGCUGUUAUCAACGAUACUGUCGGUACCCUUGUUACUCGUGCUUACACCUCUUGUGCUAAUAAUACUAUUAUGGGUGUUAUUUUCGGUACUGGCUCUAAUGGUGCUUACGUCGAAAACGUCGACCAAAUUCCCAAAAUGGCCGGCAAGGUCAAUAAAAAGAAGAUGCUUCUUAACAUUGAAUGGGGUGCUACCAACUUCACCAGCCUUCCCGCUACCCGUUAUGACUUGCUCCUCGACCACGAUACUCCUAACCCUGGUCGUCAAAUGUUUGAGAAGCGUGUCAGUGGUAUGUACUUGGGUGAGCUUCUCCGCCGUUCCUUGUUCCAUUUGAUCAAGGUUUAUAAUUUCAACAAUGGUAUUUUCCCCCCUUCCAUCACUGAUGCUUGGUCUCUCGAGACUUCUGUAGUUUCUCGCAUUGUUGCCAACCGCUCUGUCGAAAACGUCAAGGAAGUUCUCCGUCCCUACAGUAUCCGCUUCCGUAGUGAUGAGGAAGCUUUGCUUAUUUAUGAUGCUGCUUACUGCAUCGGCCGUCGCUCUGCUCGUAUUUCCGCCGUCCCCAUUGCUUCCCUUUACCUGUCUACUGGUCAUGCUGGUAAGCAGGCCGAUGUUGGUGUCGAUGGUUCCUUGGUCGAGCACUAUCCCAACUUUUUGGGUAUGCUCCGUGAGAGUUUGAAGGACUUGAUCGGUGAUGAUGAAAAGAACAUUACCAUUGGUAUUGCUAAGGACGGCAGUGGUAUUGGCGCUGCUCUCUGUGCUUUACAGGCUGUUAAGGAAAAUAAGACGAUUGAAGUUGGUAACUAUCCAUUGAAAUGA